AUGGAGUCGCACUUCUUCGACGUCUCCCCCGAGACCAAAAUCCACUACAACAUUACCCGAGCAUCAUCCAGCCCAUCCCCUCUCCUCGUCUUCAUCCACUACUGGGGCGGUUCCAGCAUGACCUGGCACAAACAAACCUCCCCGACCUCCCCCCACUCCCUCAGCAAAGCCUACAACACGCUCUCCGUCGACCUCCGCGGCUGGGGACAAUCAACGGGCCCUACUGAAGGCGCCACCGCCAGAGACUACUCCAUCCUGCACAUGGCCUCCGACAUCGUCGCCCUCCUCACCCACCUCACCACCUCCCCCCCAACAACCACCCUCUUCAAACACGGCCUCAUCCUAAUCGGCCACUCUAUGGGCGCCAAAGUCGCCCUAGCCACCCUGUCCACCCUCCCAACCAACCUCCUCACCCUCACCACCGGCCUCGUCCUGCUCGCCCCCGCACCACCCACCCCCCUCAUCCUGCCCCCCGAAAUGGCCUCCCAGCAACGCCUCGCCUACAGCACCCCCUCCUCCGUGCACUGGACAAUCACCAACGUCCUCUCCAGCGCCUCCAGCCUCUCCGACACCGACAUCAAAACAAUAACCGCAUCCAGCACCUCCGCCCACCCCCUAGCCCGCGACGGGUGGAUUCUGCACGGGAUGCAAGAUGAUAUCACCCCGGAAAUCGACGCGCUCAGUGCGCAACUGCAGCUGACAGGACGAAGGAUGCGCGUGAGUGUCCUGGCGGGCGAGUUGGAUGUAGUGGAGCAGAAGGAGCGGGUAGAGAGGGAGGUGGUGCAGAUGCUUCGCAACAGGGGGUUUGAGGUUAGGUUUGAGGUGUUGACGGGUGUUAGGCAUUUGAUUCCGUUGGAGAGUCCGGAGGGGGUCGUGAGGGGGAUUGAGGGGGUGCAGGUGUCGGGGAGGUGA